CCUGUUCUCACUCGAGUAUAUAAUAGCCUGCAAAUUAUCCAAACUUAUCACACACUCGCAAAAUUAGGAAUCAUGGGGUUCGUUUCCUUUCUCGUGUUUGCAGCAGCAUUUUUCCACGUAGUGCUGGCCAAUAACAACGAUGCAGAUUUGCAAAAAAUAUUUGCAUCCGCAGAUUUUGGUAUGAUCCCCUCUGUUGGGGACGAGGUACGGAGUGAUGCCAAUUUGACAGUGCCAGAAAUUAUUGCAAAGUAUGGUUAUCCGAUAGAAACCCACUCUGUGUUUACAGAGGAUGGGUACAUCCUACAAUUGCACAGGAUUCCUUAUGGGAGAAACUGUGGGCCUGCACCGGGUAAAAAGCCCGUCUUUGUUCAGCACGGUCUUCUCUGCGAUUCCUCCAACUUUGUCAUCACCGGAGUUAACAAGGGCCUCGCUUAUCUUUUGGCCGACAGUUGUUACGAUGUUUGGCUGGGAAAUGCUCGUGGUAACACGUAUUCACGAAGACAUAUCACACUUUCUCCUGACACGGACAAGGAAGCUUUUUGGGAUUUCAGUUGGAAUGAAAUGGGAAUUUACGACCUGCCGGCAAACUUUGACCACAUUUUGGCCAUCACUGGAGCAGAAAAACUGUAUUAUAUCGGUCAUUCAAUGGGGACUACGAUGUUUUUUGUGUGCAUGACUGAGCGACCCGAAUACAAUUCCAAAGUAGCCCUAAUGAGCGCUUUGGCACCUGUCGCGUUUACGCAAAAUAUGAUCAGUCCGCUCAGAUUUAUUGCCCCAUUCUCAACACAGAUCGAGUGGCUCUUGGAAAUGAUUGGACUUCACGAAUUCGCAGCAAACUCUCCCUUUUACGACUUGAUUGGUGCGACGCUUUGUAACGAGACGAAUCCAUGGCAUGAAAUUUGUACAAAUGUGCUCUUCUUGUUAUGCGGUUUCGAUCCGGAACAGAUGGACCCGGCCUUGACACCAGAAAUUCUGGGCCAACUCCCCGCCGGUACGUCCGUCCGAACCAUCGUGCACUACGCACAAGGCGUGACUUCAGGGCAAUUUCAAAAAUAUGAUUUCGGAGAAGAGAAAAAUUUGCUGGUUUAUGGAUCCCCGGUUCCACCGGUGUACGACUGGACCAAGAUGACCGCUCCUGUUGCUCUCUACUGGGCGCAGAAUGAUUGGCUGGGUGUUCCAGAUGACACGUUACGAGUCAUGCAAAAUGUCGUAAAUCUGCAGCGAUUCUGGCGAAUUAAUUUCGACAAAUUUAACCAUCUCGACUUUCUCUUUGCCUUGGACCUCGUUCCGUUCGUGAAUCGGCCCGUGCUCGAGUUUCUUCAUGGUUAUUAAGAAGAUAAGAUAGGAUGUAAAAAAUACUUAAGAGAUAUUGGACUAAAUAAAUAAAUAAUCAGCAUGAAUAUAAAAACUUCUA